AUGGAAUUUACUCUGGUGAUGAAAACCUACUUUGAAUAUAUACGUCAUAUCUUAUAUUUGCAGCUUUUCACUUGUCGAAUCGCUUCUGUACUGAUAGCUGGUGAAACGCGUAGAGAAUACAUUACAGCGCCUUACACAUUCGUUCGUGAUGUACUUCAUCGUUAUAUACCUCAGCUACACUAUUUGAAAACUCCUGUGGCAUGUGCAAGACGACUUAAAUCGCUUUUACUUAGCAAAGGUCCCGAAUGGGUUUCUGGGAAGUUACUUUUUUCUCGUGUUUCAAGCCGUCCAGAUUGGCAGUUGAAGUAUAAUUAUGGGAGGGAUAAGUGGCGUAUUAUGUGCAAAGAGGAAACGGAAAGUGCCAGAUCUGUUUUUAUGGAAUUAGUGCAUAAUAUAAUCAGUACAUUCAUGCCUCAAAUUUUGGUGAGGUUGAGUUGCCUCGCUGUGGGAAAGCGCGGAAAUCGUGCAAAUAAAGAUUUUGAAAAACCAACCAAUCAAGGGAUAGAAAAGCUUAUGUCUAUUGGUUCAAGUCGAGCAGAAAUGGAGUCUUCUUAUGAUCUCAUACCUUUGUAUGACCCUUCUGAUCAAAAUGGACUACCUGAAGUUGGAAACGAUCGUCUAAUGAUUGUACUGUAUACGAUGUAUAACUUCAUUUUAAAAUUCAUAGUUCAGUGGAAUACUCAGAAAUAACUUGAUUAACAUCUUACCUAUUUCUGAGUGUACAAGAUAUGCUUUUUCUAAUUAACCCCCAGGGGCUGAAUAUAUAAAAAGUCACUCGCACAUGCCAUAACCGAAACAAACUUGGUUGUAUAUGAAUGCCUGUGUAAUGAAUUGAAAUGAUACACGCUGCUGAAUUCUGAACAAAAUAACUUUCUCAUAUCUUCUCUUUUCUCCCUACACUAAAUAUAACUGAAGAAAAACAAAAUAUCAAAACUUAUGUAAAUUAGAACCACUUGCAAUGAUAUGUACUUCUAAGUUUCUCUUUGAUAACUUAUUUGCUUCAUUUUAAAGUACUUAAACUAUUAAAUACAACUUAAUUGAAU